CUGUGGUUGUCUUUGUCUGUGGUUUGGAUGAAUCGAUUCUAAUUUUACUGUGAUUUUACAUUAAAAUUUGUGUUUGUGAAGAAAAUUCAAAUUUAUUAUGUAUUAAGAGGUCAUCACGAGUUUGUAAAUAUGUGACAAGUUAUUUCAUACAAAUUGACGCCUGACUCUGGACGCCAUUGAAUACUGUAACGCUUUACCAGAGUACGAACAACAAUGGAAAUCUCCUCGCUCCCCUUGCAUCUGGAUCCUAUACAGCAAGCAGAACGAUGUGACAAAAGGCUUUGGAUUGGAAAUUUGGACCUGCGUGUUAAUGAGUAUCAAUUACUGAAAAUGGUCCGCGUGUAUGGCAACAUCGAGAAGUUUGACAUGCUGUUCCACCGCAGCGGGCCCAACGCUGGCCAGCCACGGGGCUUCGCCUUCGUCACCUACAAGCUGAAGCAGGAUGCUAUCAAUGCUAUGAACUCCUUGAAUGGUCAACUUUUGGGCUCAAAGAGGAUAUGCGUUAAAUUUGCCAAAAAUACUUCAGACGAUCAAGACAAACCAAAGCCAGAGCUUGGCAUUGCAGCCCUCAGUGGUGUCAAACCAGAGUUAAAAUUGAGCAAAAAGACUGCCAUCCAGUCUAUUGAAGCCAAGCUCAAGAUGAUGGAAAACAUGAAAGCAGGAGACGACUUUGUCGUCAACAAACUAGCUGCCAACGAAACACCCAUCAUCACUCAAUAUCAGACAAAACACCAUCAGCCCCCAAAUAAAACGAUAAGUUCGUUUAAAAGAAGACAUCCUUACCAUAAGAAAAGAUAAUUAGUAAAAUUUAAUUUAUAAGAUAAUAAUUAAUAAAAUGAUAAGUAUAUAUUUUCAUAUUAAAUAGGUUGCAGCUUUUGGUCAUAUUUGGUCACAGUCUGGUUUAAGUAAUAUGUUAUUUCUAUUUUCUAAUGCUCGAAUUUUGCUUGAAUUUAAUGAAGCAUAUGUUUUUCUAUGGCUCGAUCCUAAAGGCAAUUUUUUUUUAAUAUUUCCCUAAAUACUGAAAUGUUCAACAAUUAGAAUUUAAUAUUGUUAUUUUGUAGAAUUAAGAUUAGUAAAAGUUAAUACUCAAGAUUAGAUAAAUGUGAUGAUGAAGUUGGUCUCUGGUUUGAUUCUCUGUAUUAUAAUAUUGCAUUUUUACGUGUUCUCAACUAGCAGGGUUUUUGUCAGCAGUAUUUUACUACUUAAAUGUUUAAUAUUAACAAACUAGGCUAUUUAUUAUGAGAUUUUUUAAUACCUAUGGUGUUCAAUUAGCUAGUGUUUGGAGUUUAUGCAAUGAAUAAAUGUUUUUUCUUCAACUA